ACACGUAUUUUGACAAAGGCAAAUUUACAAGUAAUCACUUGAGGACAGUUCGUGUGGCAUCUGGACAAUCAACAGAGGCACAAUGAAGCACUUCCUGAGAAUGUUGAUCCAGGUGUGCCUGUAUUUUUACUGUAAAUUUUUGUGGCGCUGCCUGAAAUUUGUAAUGAGGAAGCUGACCGGAAGAUGUGAAUUGCAAAGGAUCUGUUACAAUACCAAGCCUGGGGCUUCUAGAACCAUGAAAAUCGAGACAUCACUGAGGGAUUCAAAAAGUAAGCUGCUGCAGACAUCAGUGAGCGUUCACCCUGAUGCUAUUGAAAAAACUAUAGAUGACAUCAUGGAACUGAAAGGAAUUAACCCUGACAUAAAUCCACAGUUGGGAAUCUCUCUUCAGGCUUGCCUUCUGCAAAUCGUGGGUUACAGAAACCUUAUUGCAGAUGUGGAAAAACUGCGCAGAGAGCCCUAUGAUUCUGAUAACCCCCAACAUGAAGAAAUGCUUUUGCAGUUAUGGAAAUUCUUAAAGCCCAAUACUCCGCUGGAAUCUCGGAUUUCUAAGCAGUGGUGUGAAAUUGGUUUCCAGGGCGAUGAUCCUAAGACAGAUUUUCGUGGAAUGGGACUUCUGGGACUGUACAAUUUGCAGUAUUUUGCAGAAAGGGACGCUGCAGCAGCUCAGCAGGUCCUCUCUGACUCUCUUCAUCCAAAAUGCAGGGAUAUCACUAAAGAGGAAAUAAG